AUGCAGCAAGAAGGAAUGUCACAAGAACGGUUUAUUAAUGAAGCUGUUCUGAAUCAAUCUACCAGCUGUGAUGAAAACUAUGAAUCUCAAACCCUACUAGAACCUACAUUGGAAUCUGAAAUUUCAUUCGAGCGCGAAACCUCCUCAGAAUUCGAGAUCAUCUUGGAACCCGAAACCCUAUUGGAACCCGAAGCCCUACUGGAACCCGAAACCCCAAGUAACUCACUUUUUCAGUGUAACCAGGGUUAUGCCUCUCUUGAGGCCUUCAAAUAUGUCGCUGAUCAAUUCGCUGAAACAAGCAAGUUUAAAGUGAUUUUCUUAAAAGGCAACAAUUAUAAGGAUGGUUUGCGUUCUGCUCAAGUUUUUGCUUGCGAUCGCUAUGGCGUGUUCAAACCUAAACCUAAAGAUCCGAAUAAGAAAAAUAGAAAUAAGGAAUCAAAAAAGUGCAACUGCCCCUGGUCUGUUCAUCUUAAUUAUAACAAGGAUGAUGACAAAUAUUAUAUAUCACAAGUAAAUCUACACCAUAAUCAUAAACUAAUUCCACUCCAACUCAUGCGCAUUUUGCCUGCUAACCGCGAAAUACCAGGCUUCAUUAAAGAAGAAAUUCUUACCGCAAAAAAAGCAGGAAUUGCAAUACCGCAAAUCCAAUCCCUUCUUACAAUGAAAUACGGAACAGUCAUGAAGAAGUGGUUAAUAAAGGAUGUGUAUAAUCUGGUUGAUGCUGAUCGCACAUUGCAUAAUGAAUUUCAAGCCCACGAUUUUCUUCUCCUCCUCCAACAAAAACGUAAUAAUGACCCCGAAUUUUCUUACGAAUUUGAAUUGGAUAAAAAUGACUGGUUGAAACAUGUGAUCUGGGUGUAUGCUGCACAAAAACGACAAUAUAUGUGUUUUCAUGACAUGAUUGUAUACGAUAACACAUAUAAGAGCAAUUAUUUUUUGAUGCCUUUUGGGGUGUUUACAGGCGUCACCAAUAACAGUCUCUCUUAUUGCGCUGCUGGUGCGCUACUUCGUGAUGAAACAUCUUCGAGUUUUGAAUGGCUUUUCGAAGCUUUUAUUCGUAUAUUUGGCACUGCACCCAAUACUAUUCUUACUGAUAAUAAUCUUGUGAUGGCCGAUGCUAUCCGUUCUGUCCUUACCAAUAAGUAUGGUACAAAACAUGGUCUUUGUAUCUGGCACAUGAGGGGUGAAUCAAUGAACAGUUUUUUAAAGGGCUUCGUAGAUUGUAAAACAAGGCUCACAGAAUUUUUAGCAGCCUUUGAGCGUGCACUUUACUUUCGUGAAGAGGCGGAACAUAUUUCUGCUUACAAAGAGCUUGUCUACCCCAUACCUUCGAAUUUUCCAAAUCCAAUUGAAAACCAGGCUGCUAGUUGCCUGAUGAGAUAUGCCUGGAAGAAAUUUGAGGCAGAAUGGAGUGAAAAAGAUGCAUAUGCGUGUAAGGAAAUAACCGAUGACAAUGGAGUGCAUUGUUUUGAGCUGUCACGUUAUGAAAGGCCUGACGUUAUACGUCGUGUCUACUAUGAUGGCAAGGUGCUUGCUUGUUGCUGCUGCAAUCUUGAAUUUGCUGGAAUAGUUUGUCACCAUUCUCUUGCAGUUGCGGUUCGCCUGUCUCUCGCUCAACUCGAUCCUGUCAACUUUCCAAAACGCUGGCAAAAUGACCCGCCCGAGUUGGAGCUUGCAAAAAACUAUGUCAAUUUUUAUAGCCAUACACAACUACAAGAUCCAGGAACUUUAGCAUCACAUGAAUCAUUUGGUAAAGGUGACUCUCGAAUCCGAUUUAUGCAUAUCCAUCGACUAUCAGGAGAAAUCGCAAACAAAAUUGCAAUGGAUCCCCAUAAAUGUGCAGAUUUUACGUUGUAUUUCGAAAAAUAUCUGGAGGCAUUAUAUGAUGCUGACAAUGAUUUUGUUUCAACUUAUGAGAAUGCAUUGGCAUCCCUGGAACAUCCAAUAAUUAACAACCCUAUAAAAAGCAAGGCCGUUGGCCGACUAAAAAAAGGAAGAAUUAG